AUGGAUCGCAAACAGCUGCCCUCACGGUGUCCACUGGGCACCGUGUCCAGCGAUCUGAGAAUUCUGCAAGGCAAUUCCUCCCUGGAGCUGAGCGAGUACUGGGACCGGCAGUUUGAUGGGGAUAAUGAUGAUCAGGAGAAAUUACUGAAGGAAAGCUCCACACUCUACGUGGGGAAUCUUUCCUUUCGUACUACUGAAGAGCAAAUAUAUGAGCUCUUUAGUAGAUGUGGUGCUAUCAAGCAUGUAUUUAUGGGCCUGGAUAAAAUUAAGAAAAAGGCAUGUGGUUUCUGUUUUGUAGAGUACUAUAACAGAGUUGAUGCCGAAAAUGCCAUGUGGUUCCUAAACGGGACCCGCCUAGAUGAUCGUAUUAUCCACACAGAUUGGGAUCUAGGCUUUAGAGAGCACAGACAGUAUGGCCACCGACCUGAGGGCCAAGUAAGAAACGCAAACGCGUUUUGUGAAGAUUUUGAUGUUGGUAGAGGUGGCUCUGGAAAACAGGCUCAGGCCCGUGAUAGAAGAGGAAUCCAUUAG